GGAGUUGAAGGAGAUUUUGGAGGGCAUGGCCAAGAUGUUUGCCUCUAAAGGAGAGGGAACAUCUUCACAUGAGGUGAUUUCAAGAACUGAAAGUAUGCAAUCACAGAGGUUGGAACUAUUUCCUAUAGAGCAAAAGCUUGAAGGUGUAAAGAAUUAUUUGAGUUGGUCUCGAAGGGUUAAGUUGAUUUUAGAGGCCAAAGAUUUGGAACACUACAUUGAAGAAUCUUGUCAAGAACCAACAGACAAAACUAGUGCUGCGUGGAAAGUGUGGAAGACCAGUAACUCUUUAGUAGUUGCUUGGAUGACUGGUUCUCUUAGUCCGCCAAUUGCUGGUAUGGUUGAAGGUAUACGAAGUGCUGCUGAGAUAUGGAAUAUACUAGCCAAACAAUUUUCAGGAAGUGGGAAUAUGAUGAUUGUGAUGGAUAUUCAGGAUAAAAUUGAUGCAAUGAAGCAGGGAGAAAAGAAUAUUGCAGAAUAUAGUACUGAGCUAAAGAGACUUUGGUCUGAACUAGACUAUUAUGACCCAUUAACAAUCACUCAUAGUGAGAGUGCUACUAUAGCUAAUACGUGGGUUGAAAGGAGACGUGUAAUUCAUCUCAUGAAAGGUUUGAAUCCGGAGUUUGAAACUAGAAGAGCUAUGAUUUGUCAUCAGUCCCCUCUUCCUCGUUUGGAGGAUGUCAUAGCGGCUUUAAGUCAGGAGGAGUCCAGGAUGAAAGUUAUGACCACAGGUGGAAACUCAUCGGCUCCGGUCCGCUCUGCAAUGGUGGCACCCGUAAUUGAUGACAGAGAAUGCUAUAAUUGCGGGAGAAAAGGACAUAUUAGUUGGAAUUGCACUUUAUCACGGAAUAAUGGAAGAAGUGAAAGUAACCGUGGUACCCGAGGGAACUUCAGAGGACGUGGUCGUGGACGGGGGCGUUCUGGUGGUCGAGCCAAUUUAGCUGUUACAGAAAAGAAUGAUAAUGGAGAAUCAACAAAAAUGUCUGAAUUAGAAGAACUUCGAGCAUAUAAGCAAAAGAUGGAAAGCUCCAAGAAUCAAGGUUCAACUUAUAACCAUCUCGGUAAUGUAGCAGGUUAUGCUCAUGCUGAUUCAGGAGAGGGACACGAAGAGGACGCUUGGGACUGGCAUCAGGCGUGAUGGACUGUGGUAUCUAACUAAGGAAAGUGGCGGUGUUGCUCUUACCAGUGUAGUUGAUGAAGGAGUUGAAGCUAAAGUUAUGUUAGAACAUUGUCGUCUCGGUCACGUGUCUUUUGAAAUUCUUAAAAAGUUGAAACCUGAAUUAUCGAAUAAAAUAGGUAGCAAUAAAGUUAUGUGUGAUGCUUGUGAGUUUGGGAAGCAUACACGAACGACUUAUAGUCGUUCAGGAUUGAGAAGUAUAAAACCUUUUUAUUUAAUACAUUCUGAUGUUUGGGGACCU